AUGAGGGUACAAGACAGUCUAUCCACCAAGAUCGCGCUGGUUGCCAGGAACCUCGUCCUCGGAGUAGCGAUCCUGGUCUUCGCCAAAGGGUUCUUCCCACACAAAGCCGUUCUGCCUGGCCUUGCGACAUGGCCAGAGGAUGCUCCUGGAAGGGUCCCAGCGCCUUUCGACAAGGUAAUCUUUAUGGUCGUCGACGCUCUGAGAAGUGAUUUUGUCUACGGAAAUGCAUCCAGCUUCAACUUCACGCAAGGCCUAAUCAGGUCCGGCGCUGCCAUACCAUUUACCGGUCAUGCUAGCCCGCCUACUAUCACUAUGCCUAGGGUCAAAUCGAUCACCACAGGGUCUGUGCCGAGCUUCCUGGAUUUAGUGUUGAACUUUGCAGAAUCAGAUACCUCAUCAACCUUAGCGACACAAGACUCGUGGCUAGCUCAACUCAAGGCAAAGCCGGAAGGAAAGCUGGUAAUGUAUGGCGACGAUACAUGGUUGAGGCUAUUUCCAAACUUCUUCGACCGUGCAGAUGGCACUACAAGCUUCUUCGUGUCUGAUUUCACAGAGGUUGACAACAAUGUAACUCGGCACAUCCCGGAUGAGCUCCGAAGGAAGGACUGGUCAGGCAUGAUCAUGCAUUAUCUUGGUCUUGAUCAUAUCGGGCAUAAGACUGGACCUCGAGGGCCUAAUAUGCCUGCUAAACAGCUUGAGAUGGACUCUAUUGUGCAACAAAUCUACAGUGCAAUGGAACAAGAAAAUCACCUACAGUCAACCUUGCUUGUGCUGCUGGGCGACCAUGGCAUGAACGAAGCUGGCAAUCAUGGUGCCAAUUCAGCCGGCGAGGUGUCCACUGCUCUUACGUUCAUCUCCCCUAAGUUCAAGGAGUACUUCGAGGGUCAAGCAAGUCCGCAACCAUAUUCCCAAGAUUAUAGAUUCUACGACGAGGUAGAUCAGUCUGAUGUUGCUCCCACGUUGGCUGCUUUGCUAGGCUUUCCAGUCCCAAAGAAUAGUCUAGGUGCCAUCAUCCCGAAAAUGCUAGCCCUGUGGAAGAGCAAGGCAGACCGCCAUAACCUCCUCUACCAGAACGCGCAACAGAUCCAACAAGUUGCUUAUGCGACAUAUCCUGAGGCUUUCGAUUUAAUCGGAGAUCUGGCCCUUUGUACUAACAAGGCGGCACUACCCGGGAAGCAACGAUUAGCUUGUAAAUGGUUGGUUGUCAAGGAAAUGCACCAGUCCUUCACGAGCGACGAGUACAUGUUCAUCAGAGAUGGCACUCAACUCAUUAGCUCUUUUCUGACAGAGGCGCAGGCUCAGCUGAGUGGUACAGCGAGCAAGUAUAAUGAGAAAUUGAUGUUUCUGGGAAUUGUGCUAGCUGUACUUUGUUGCUUUCCUCCGAGAAUUAGCUAUGACACACAUCUCAACAAAUCUGGAUUCACCAGCAUUUUCUUCUUUUUCAUGCAAGCGACCUAUUCUGCAACCAUGUUCGCAAGCAGCUACGUUGAAGAGGAACACCAAUUCUGGUACUGGAUCACAAGUGCUUGGCUUGUCAGUCUGGCUGUCAGGCAGCAACGAGUUGACACAAAAGAUUCUGGCACGCUUAUUCGCAGUAUUGGUUCAUGCGUCCUGUUCGGAAUUGUGCGGCGCUUCAACCAGACUGGACAAAAGUACGCUGGCGAAGCAGAUCUGGCGGGUUUGCUGCCUGUACUUGUUGCUUCGAGUGCACUAGUGUUCAAGCUGGCAUUCACAGCUGCGGAAGCGCCAGAGUUGAUGAAAGGUCUAGGGUUUCUUGACCCCAUCCUGAAGUUCGCAUCUCAAUACCCACUGACGAGUCUUGCAAGAGUGGUAUUUCUAGGAUUGGCAAACCUGAUAGUGCUAUCGCUCUAUGCAGAGACUCCAUGGGCCAGCCCUGAGCACCUUUCGUCGUUCUUGGAGACGAUUCACGAUAUCGUGUCACUAUUCCUCAUGACACAAACACGGACAGUCAACAUACCUCUGUUCCUCUUGUUCCACCUACAGCUCAGUGCACUCAGGAAGGGUAGACGACUACAUGCUUUCGAAACACUAUUGACUAUGCUCAUGAUGCAGUAUUCAAGCUUCUAUGCUUUCGGUGGCACAAACGCCAUCUCUUCGGUCGAUCUUUCCAACGCGUACAAUGGUAUUGCAGGAUACAACGUGUUGAUGGUAGGUAUCCUAACCUUUGUCAGCAACUGGGCAGGACCAAUUUGGUGGACAUCGGCAACUACAUGCAUUCUGCGAUCGAAUGUCAGGAAUGACAGCCAGGGGAGAUCCUGGACGGACUGGUUCAGUAUCUUGAGUCAAUUCGCAGCCGUUCACGCGUCGACGGUGAUGCUAGCGUGUUAUGUGCUGCGCGAACAUCUGUUCGUAUGGACAGUCUUCUCGCCGAAAUAUUUGUAUAUGAUGGCUUGGACGUUCGCGCAGCACAUGGUUGUUAACGGAUUCCUGCCCGGUGUAAUUUCCGGAAUGGCUAGCGUAUAG